AUGGCCGAAACAACAAGUGCCUUUGACCCGACCAAGGAGUUUCCCAACAUCGCGUGGAACUUCGACGGGAUUGCAGCAGAGCAGAACUCGGCACCUGGCUCGGAUGCAGAGGCCGAGAAUGUCGGCGUGCUGACCGCACCUCCCACACCGCCGGCGGCAGCUGCAGCUGCAGCCGCAGCACCGGCACCAGCACCUCAGUCGGCCAAACAGAAAUCCAAAGCUGCUGCAUCUGCCAAGCCCAAGACCAGAGCGCCCAAGAAGUCCCAGAUCCGAGCUGCGGAGCGGAGCAGGACGAAGUCGGCGGACGAGAAGGCGAGAUUACGGCAAGAGAGAGCGGUGGCCAGGAAGGAGAAGAAGCGCGAGAACAGACGUUUAAAGCGCCGAGCAGCGACCGGUUCCAAAGAGGAAGAUGCUGCGGAGGGCGCCGGAUUAGACGAAGCGGGUGCAUAA